CGCGCUUUAAUGUAUCUAAUUAUUAGAAAAUUUUACUUUCGAUCAGUGAUAAGUGCUCAGCGUGACAGUGCAAAUCAGUUCCUUUAAAAUGAAUCUAUCAUUUGCUGGUUGUGGAUUUCUGGGGAUAUAUCAUGCGGGCGUCGCGGUUUGCUUGCGAGAGUACGCUCCACAUCUGCUGCUGAACAAAAUUUCUGGAGCUUCCGCUGGAGCAAUUGCGGCAUGCUCUCUUCUUUGUGAUUUACCAUUAGUCGACAUGACGAGUGAUGUACUAAGAAUUGCCCUCGACGCUCGUAGCUGUUCUCUCGGACCUUUCAGCCCGUCUUUCAACAUUCAGGAUAUGCUACUAAAAAACCUCGAAAAGGUUCUCCCCGAAGAUGCCCAUUUAAAGGUAAACGGAAGACUACACAUAUCGCUAACGAGAGUGCACGACGGAAAGAACGUCAUUAUUUCGGAAUUUGAAAGUAAGGAGGAUUUGCUUCAAGCCCUCCUGGCGUCCGCGUUCGUGCCCAUGUUCUCCGGAAUUUUACCGCCGAAAUUUCGAGGGGUGAGGUACAUAGAUGGCGGAUUCAGCGAUAACCUGCCGGCGAUUGACGAAAAUACCAUAACCGUGAGCCCAUUCUGUGGCGAAUCCGAUAUAUGUCCCAGAGAUGAUAGUUCACAACUUUUUCAUAUAAACGUGGCCAACACAAGUAUCGAACUCUCGAGGCAUAACAUUUACAGAAUAGCAAGAAUUUUGUUUCCUCCAAAGCCGGAGGUCUUGGCCAGCAUGUGCAAGCAAGGCUUCGACGAUGCGCUAAGAUUUCUGCACAGAAACAAUUUGAUUAAUUGCGAUCGUUGCCUCGCAGUCCAGUCGACCUUUGUUAUAUCCAAACCUGAAGAAGAUUACGACUUGGAGUGUCACGAUUGCAAGAAGCAGCAAGAGGAAGCUCUGUUAUCAAACAUGCCGGAGAGGGUCGUUACCAUUUUUCAAGAGGCCAUCGAUUCGGCGAAUAAUGGCAUAAUAGACUGGCUGUUUAAACGCAAAGGUAGAAAGGUAUUGAGUGCCCUCAGUUCUUCCAACAAAGUACCCGAGAAAAUCAUCUUUACCUCAUAAACCAAGUGUUGAGGCUGGGGUACAAACUCCCAGAGUUACAUUGCGAAAAUGGAAAUAGCCGCUUACUGGCAGAAGCUGUACGUACAUGGCUCGUUUACUCAACAUCAGAAA